AUGAAAAUGAAGAAAAUUUUUCCUUCAAAUACAUAAAACUUUCAUUCAGCUCCAUAAUUUGAAUAAGAAAAUACAACUGUACUCAGAAUGCAUUAAUCAACAAUUUCGAAACCUCCACUUUCUGUAGUUCCUAGUGAAGCCAAUUAAACUUACUAUUAAGUAAUAGAAAAAAAUAAAUUAUCAUACCUUGAAUACUAUAGUCAAUUUAAUGAAAUGAGAUUCAUGGAAAAUAUGGCAGGUUUUUUGAAUAAAUAAAUUAAGGAUUAAAAUCAAGAUCUUAAAAAUAAGUACUUUUAGAAAAUUUUCUCAAUAUGUUUGAUGAUAUGGUUUCUUGUUUAAUCGUUAUUUAAAAUACUUUGCUUCUUAUAAACUUCGAUAGUGCAGAUUUUUUAUAACUUUAUAAUGUCUCUCCAAAUACUAUGGCUGAUAUAUUAUUUAAAGACAUUAAAGUAAGAUUCAUAUUAAGCAGUUAUAGACAUUGGAAGGACUUCAUUUAGAAAUACAAUUUUCUUCAUCUCUUCGAUAUUUAGAAACUGUUUUAGAAGCCCUUGAAUUCAAUCCAGAGUUGUCUAAUAAAAUUCAUUAAUUGGAUGUGAAAUAAUGGUCUCAAAAGUGUUAUAAUCAUCUCAAUAAUUUUAUGAUUACUCAUUAAUAAAUAAAAAACUCUUAAAGAUCCUGUUGUUGUUUUAAAUGA